AGGUGGCGGAGCGGGUGGAGGCCCUGGGGCAGUUCGUCAUGAAGACCAGGAGGACCCUCAAAGGCCACGGGAACAAAGUGCUCUGCAUGGACUGGUGCAAAGACAAGCGGAGGAUCGUGAGCUCCUCGCAGGACGGGAAGGUGAUCGUGUGGGAUUCCUUCACGACUAACAAGGAGCAUGCGGUCACCAUGCCCUGCACGUGGGUGAUGGCGUGUGCGUAUGCCCCGUCGGGCUGUGCCAUUGCGUGUGGGGGUUUGGAUAAUAAGUGUUCUGUGUAUCCACUGACCUUUGACAAAAAUGAAAGCAUGGCUGCCAAAAAGAAGUCUGUGGCUAUGCACACCAACUACCUGUCAGCCUGCAGCUUCACCAACUCUGACAUGCAGAUCCUGACGGCGAGCGGCGACGGGACAUGCGCCCUGUGGGACGUGGAGAGCGGGCAGCUGCUGCAGAGCUUCCACGGGCACGGGGCCGACGUGCUCUGCUUGGACCUGGCGCCCUCAGAAACGGGAAACACCUUCGUGUCCGGGGGAUGUGACAAGAAAUCCAUGGUGUGGGACAUGCGCUCCGGCCAGUGCGUGCAGGCCUUUGAAACUCAUGAAUCAGACGUCAACAGUGUCCGGUACUACCCGAGCGGAGAUGCCUUUGCCUCAGGAUCAGAUGAUGCUACGUGUCGCCUCUACGACCUCCGGGCAGACAGAGAGGUCGCCAUCUAUUCCAAGGAGAGUAUCAUAUUUGGAGCAUCCAGCGUGGACUUCUCCCUCAGUGGUCGCCUGCUGUUUGCUGGAUACAAUGAUUAUACCAUCAACGUCUGGGAUGUGCUCAAGGGGGCUCGAGUCUCCAUCCUGUUUGGACAUGAAAACCGUGUCAGUACUCUACGAGUUUCCCCUGAUGGGACUGCUUUUUGCUCAGGAUCCUGGGAUCACACCCUAAGAGUCUGGGCUUAAUCCUUUCCUCACAAUAUGCAUUUAGGUACCUGAGGUUAGAAUUUGAAAUCGCCACAUGUAAAUAGAUCUUACUUCUAGAGGACUUUCGAGUUUAUCACAACUUGGCUGAAAGGUCACCAAACGUCUCCAGUAUUACUAUUAAAACUACCACCCCUGCAAAAGUACCACUGUCAGCCUUCAGCACCAGGAGAGCACCUUCAAGUACAGUGUUGCUGGGGGAUUUUUUGUUGUUUUUUUUCAUUUUGAGCACUUUUUAAAUUUAUUCAUUUAAAAAAUAUAUGAGGGAGAGAGAGAGAUAGAAACAUCAAUGAUGAGAGAAUCAUUGAUCAGCUGCCUCCUGCACGCCCCACACUGGGGAUUGAGCCCACAACCCUGGUCAAUGCUCAACCACUGAGCCACGCGAGCCAGGCUAAAAUUUAUUCAUUUUUAAGGUUAUUCUUAAUUAUACUCAGCUCAAUUCAUGCAGUUACCAACAGAAUCCAGCAUCUAAUGUAUUUCCUACUGCUUCUUUGAAUCAGGUUUGUUUUGGAGCUCCUUAGAACCUGGUCUCUGUCGGCGUGCGCUGUGACUGGGCCUUCCCCCGGAAGUGCUGACGUUAGUGGCUGUAGGAGGAGGGCCGUGGUAACUGAUCUGUGAUAGGAGGAAGUUCCCAUUCCAAAUGUAAUUAGACAGAUUCACUUUUUUAAAAAUGUGUUUUUAUUGUAAGAGUAUAUUUCCCAGUCUUGCAUCAUAUUGUCUUGUUUCACAUAAAACAUUUUCAUCUGUGUGAACUGUUAUAAAUGAAGCAGGUGUGCAUAAGAUGGACAGGAGGUUUAACUUAUGAAUCAUGUGAUGAUGUGAUAGGAGUGUUAUCACGUGGACAGAUCAUUUUCUUCCAAGGGAAAAGCUGAACGCUGUUUGUGACACAUGCUUCUCAGAGCAAACAAAACCUUUCUGUGUGGGAACACAGGACAGCACAUUUAGUUCAAGGCCUCUCACUAGUAUUAGACAUGUGAGGAUUAGUGGCAUCCCUCAGCCUGAAGUGGAUCUUGUCCAUAUCCAUUAUACUCAUAUUUAUUGCAUUAUGGAUGUAAUUGCAUAUACAAAUUAAUUGCUAGGUUUUAAAAAGUAAUGUUUUAUAUUGAGAAAAAGAACAUAAAAGAUAUCUUGUCUUUAUUUAAAAUUCAGCAAUUCCUUCUGGAAGAUACCAAGUGCUUUGUUACAAGACCCUUUGUUUUAUUUUGUUUCUAAAGGUAUAGAGAGGCUUAUUCUCUGUUUUAGAAAAUCCCUUAUUCAUCCAGAUGGCAUGCAUUAGGGAAGUAAAAAGUCACCUCAAAUUCCAGAAAUCACUCCUGGGUGAGGCUUGCCGGUGGCUCCUGUAGUGCCCAAGGGCUGUGUCUGCUGCAUCCCCUGGAUCUCCAGUCUCCUCUCAGCCCUGUUCCCGCCCGGCCCUUCUCCCUGGGCUAGUUCGGGCUCUGCAGGCCCAGCCCCAGGCCCUGCUGCUCAGAGAGGCCCUUCCAGAGUGGGCACAGCCAUCGGGUAAGCCUGGGUCUGGCACCUGUAACCUUGGGGGUGCAGGACCACCCUCAGAUCUACUUGUUCAGGUGUCAUAAUGGACCAGUCAGGCCAUCUUUCCCAUCCGUUUUAAAAAAAUAAACAGAAUGGUUAUAUUCA